ACGUUAGUUUCAAUUCUAUAUAUCACACUUUUUCGAAGUUCAUACACAUUUUGAUUCAUGUGUUACAUAUUUAAUUGAGGAUUUGACUUUAGUAUAAUUUUUAAGUAUAGUAUCUUUUUAAAUAUCUUAAAUGUGAAUUUAAUUUAUAAUUUAAAAAAAUGAGACUCAUAAAUAUGUUAUUUGGAAAGAUGGGUGAAUGGUCUAAAAAAUAUGCGAAUUUACCAGAUCGCUAUAUAAAUCGUAUUACAGAACGCGUAUAUUGGAAGCCUCCACCCGGUAAACCGCAAUUUCUUCCACGUAAAAUAGUAUCAAGAAAGAAGUUGUAUUUUUCUAUACAUCGUCCUUGGACUACAGCUUUCUGUAUAGAAAAUUGGUUAAAAAAACGUCAAGAAUAUGUUCCGAUUGAACCUAUAAAAAAUUGGAGUUUUUUCCGUGGAGAUCGUGUAGAGGUAUUAGUUGGUCCAGAUAAGGGAAAACAAGGAAUAGUGCAAGAUAUCAUUCAAGAAAGAAAUUGGAUUAUUGUAGAAGGAUUAAAUACAAAGGCAAUAAUACGUGGAAAAAAGAAAGAUUUCCCUGGAGUUUGUAUACGCGUGGAACAACCAUUAUUAGUUACUACAGAUGUACAAUUAGUUGAUCCUUUUGAUUUAAAAGGAACUGCUAUAGAAUGGAGAUAUACAGAAGAAGGAAAAAAAGUGAGAGUAUCUUGUAGAACUGGUAGAAUUAUCCCAAUUCCUUUAAGUAGUCAAGAAACUGUAGAUUACAAAUCUCCGGAAUUAUAUAUCGAGCAAUCUAAAGAUACUACUGUAAAUGACGUAAAAGAACUAACAUUCGAAGGAAAAUUGAAAACAUUUGAAAUGGAUAUUAUGGAUAAAAUGGGUAUUAAAGAAGAUCGUAAACCAAAGAAAUAUUAUUGGUAUUAAUUUUGUUUAACGUAUAAUUAACAUUUUACAAACAUAAUCUUCGAUGUAUAUAUAAAACUUUACUUUAAAGCGUUGUUAAAUCUGUGUUUCAUUUUGUUAUUAUUGUUGAAAAUUAUUUUAAACUUAAUUGAAAGAAAAAGAGCAACGAUCUUUUCCAUAAAAGAUUCGCAUUGAAAAUAUUUAUGAAAUAAUAUAUAUGAAAUAAUAUACGAUAUCAAAGAGUUGAUAAAAGAGUUGUUUAAUAACAUUUAAAAUAUUUAACUGAUAAAAUAUUUAUAAUAUCAGUUUAUUAAAGAAUUUAUUAAAGACAAGCCAUUUUUAUUAUUAUUACUUUUAUAUUAACACACAUACAUAUAUCACAGCAUGAUUUUUAACAAACGCGAACCUAGAAACGAAUGUCAGUCUACAUUUAAAUACUUUAAUGAUGCAUUAUAUUAACAUUUCUUUCUUUUUUUUACAUUAUAUAUGCCAUAUUUCUAGAAUAAUUAUAUUUUGAAUUUUUCCACUCUUUAUUUACAAAUUAUUUUUCUCUAUUUAUUUCAUAACAUCGUAUUAAACAAAAACAUGUUUAUACAUACGUUGUUCUUUAGAUCAAACUUCAAUACAAACUAAUAGUAGAUGAUUAGAAAAGAUAUUCCUCACGUAUGCAAACGGACGUUAUACAUUGUACUCAAUAGUACCACAAUAUCGAAAAAAA